AAUACGAAUAUUUUUUAUUUUAUUAAGCUGGCAUAAAUUGGCUCAAACUUAUUGUAUCCCUGAUCGUACCAUUUCGCUUGCUAAAUCAACGCAACUAUAUAAACCGGUUCGACAAUUAUUUAGUACGCUGAGUCAGCUGGGGUACGAUGGUAAAUUACGUGGAUCCUUAUGCUCCAUUUUCCUGGAAACCAAACAGAACCGGGUGUCUCAGUUGAGCUCGCUCAGUAAAUUCUCUGUUGGAGUCGCGAAGAGCUCUUUUCCUUCCUCUGCGCCAACGACGAGGUAUGGAUCUGUGAGAAUGUUAAUCCUUUGGUUUUCCGCCAUUUUUUGUUUUCCCCUCUAUCUCUGAUUGGGAACAAAUGCGAAGCUUUUCGAUCGGAUAAGUGGGAAAUUGUGUUAAUUGGAGUGUAGGGGCAAAGGUUGAAAGAUGGCGAGUAGUUCGGUUGACGAGGCCGGAAAUCCGAUCCCGACGUCGGCGGUUCUUAUGUCGGCGUCGAAGCACAUUGGGAAGAGAUGCUAUAGCGAGAAUUUGGAGUUCAUCAAGUGCAAGCAGCAGGAUCCUAACCCUGAGAAAUGCCUCGAUAAAGGGCGGCAAGUCACUCGCUGCGUCUUGGGCCUGCUGAAAGAUCUACACCAGAACUGCACAAAACAAAUGGACGAUUACGUCGGCUGCAUGUACUACAACACAAAUGAGUUUGAUCUGUGCCGCAAGGAGCAACAAGCAUUCGAGAAAGAGUGCCCUCUGUAGUGAUUCUAUCUAGCCAAAAAUCUGGAUGUUCGGUUCCCCCCUGCUUAGUUUAAUAAUCUGUAAAUGGCAAUCCGCCAUGAGCAAAACACCGUGGUUUUGAAUUCGUUUUCUGUUGUCGAUUGUAUUAAUGGAUCUCUUUUGGGUUUGGAUACGUUUUUGCCAUGUAACUCUCUGCACUUGAGAAAUAUUAGUUGCAUUUACCUCCUUCAGGGAUUUUGCUCUUAUACAUCUAUGAGAACAUGCACAUAGCGCCUAACGCUUGCCAGAACAUGCUCGUAUGCUCCAUAGCAGUCGGAUGGAGCGAAUGGCAUUGUAAUGCGA